AAAAAUUCAAAUUAUCGCAUGGACUUUUUAUUGAUCAAAAUUCGGUUGAACAAUCUUAUCAAACUGCAUUUCAUGUUAAUUCAGCUCCGAUAGUAAAAAAUGAAAUACAGCAGAGUAUUAAACUUCGUAAUAUAACACAAAAGUUCGAUUCUUUAUUAUUAUCUCAAGGAAUAGUAAUACCUGAUUCGAUCCAGAAUUUGCCUUUUAACAGCAAAAUACUAGAUCUUUCAGCCACUAAUGAUCUGUAUUGUGAGAUUCUUUGCGAACAGAUCUCAAUUGAUUUUAAUAUUCAAAGCUUGAAGCCAACAGCCCAGUUAAUUUCAAUGAUUAAAGCAGCAUUGAAUUCAAAAACUCCAAUUGACAAAUUAGAGAAUGUCUAUAGAAUUUUUGGCCACUUAAUCCCUACAAAAGUAAUAAUUGGCAAUAAGCUCAAAAGACUUGUUUGUUUUCCUGAAAACAAACUCGAUGAAAAAAUUAAAAUAAAUAAUGAACAUGAAUUCAUGGAAUUUUCAGAAAAAGAAAAUAUGCUUUUGAAAGUUUGGCGAGAAAAGAUGAGACCAUUUGAUUCUUCUUAUAUGUUUGCAAUUGAUUCCACACCAAUUGAAAUAAGUCAAAUCCCUAGUUGGCUAGAAUUAAACAAAAGAAAUAAAUCAGAGUGGCGUAUUAUCAAACUAUUUACUGUCCCUUUACACAAAAUCCUUGAAAUUGAGCAUCAAAAAAAAAUUGAGUAUUUUUAUCAGAAACAAGAUUGUAUUCUAAUGACUGGCAAAAAUUCGAUAGCUGAUUACGAUGCCGGAUAUUUACAAAUUGAUUUCGAGAACGUAUUGAAGAGUAACAAUUACCAUUUAUUUGGUGCUUUAGUAGGCUCGGAUGAUGUAAAAUUAGCAGAUGUUUUCAUUCGAUUUAGUUUGAAGUCGAUUGUUGGGUUUUCCGUAAGUUGGCACGAUUUUCGAAAAAAUUAUAAUCAGGAACUUGAAGAAUGCAAAAAGAGAUCAUAUUUUCUUCAAUGGAUUCUUAUUGGCUGUCCAAUCGAAAUUGGAUAUUUUGAUCCAGUUUAUCAUAAUCUGAGAAUUAAACACGGUAUUAAAAAAAUGAAACUCACACUUGAUAAUGUGCUGAAACCAGUAAAUUCUGAAGACAUGCUAUAUUCAGGGACAUGGAUUGCGGAUAUCAAUGUAGACAAACUUUCAUAUUCACACAAAAAUAUAAUUUUAUGUGAAGCUGAAUGCGGUCUUGCGCCCUCAAUAUUUUUUUUCAACACCAAUAUUGCAUCAUACCGAGAUACUGGGUUGAUUAAAAUAUAUGUAAAGACAAUCAAUGAAGAGGUUUUUGAAUUUAUCAAAGAAUACAAAGAGCUUGAUGUCAAAAUUCGGCACUGUGUUAUAUUUUUUGAAAACGAGGUUUUUGUUAAUUCUGUUUUGUGGAACAUAAGUCAUUCUUUAGAAAGUUUUUAG